UCGAUAAGAUCAUUAGUCAUCGCGUACAUAUUAUGUGCGAGGAAUUUGAGUAACUUGCAUAAUGAGAUUUGUAGGGAAUUUAUUCAGUAACUGAAUCUAGUAAUAUUUAAUUCUAGUGAAUAGUUUCUUCUAUUUCUCAAUAAUGUAAACAACUUUCAACAAUUCGACUAAAUCCAAUUGAUUUUUGAAAAAUAUAAUAUUAAUCAAAUUUUUCAUUUAAUCAUUUAAAUACGAUUUGUCCAGUUAAAAAUUAUUUGGGGAAUACUUUCAAUAAAAGUAUCUUAUUCUUAUAAUUUGUUAUUAAUAUAUUUGUUUUAUAUAUUUUAUGCAGUUGAAUUAUUUGUUAUCAAAUUUUUAAUAUUGCUUUUAAUUCUCUUGUCUUAAAUAAAAAAAUCUACUAUUUUAUUCAUUCUCAUGUCAAGGACACUUACUUUAUGAACUGUAUAUCGCAGUUUUGUAACUAGCAUUAAUGACGUGAAAAACGAGGUUAGAAAUGCUUUCGAUUUAUUAAAUGUGAAAAAUUAUACAUUUCUCAUGCUCAACAGAGUGGAAUGUAUACAGUACAUUCAAACAUAUUAUUAAAAUGCCGUUUAAAUUCCAUUUGAAGAAAAGUCGGCAAUAUAACGUGGUUUCCAAAAAUCAGUAUGUAAUCUGCAUAGAAUUAUUGGAUACCACUUCCAUAGAAUGCACAUUGAGUAUUGAUAGCCUUGGUCAAGAAUGUUUAGACAAUGUAACUCAACGUUUAGGUCUAGGACAACCUGAAUUCUUUGGCCUAAGAUACAUUUCUCGGCAUGAUUCUCCAUCUCCAAGAUGGGUUGACAUGGAUAAACCAUUAAAAAAACAAUUGGAAAAAGAAGCUAAAAAUUUCAGUUUAUAUUUGAGAGUUAUGUAUUAUGUCACAGAUGUACAACUCAUUCAAGAUGAAAUGACAAGGUAUCAUUAUUAUCUUCAACUGAAAAGUGAUAUUUUAGAAGGUAGAAUUCAAUGCAAUUCUAGACAAGCAACUCUUUUAGCAAGCUAUUCGAUGCAAGCAGAAUUUGGUAACUAUGAUGCAGAACGACAUACUAUGGAAUGCUUGCAGCAAUGUACAUUAUUUCCUAAAGAUGUUAUUCAAGCAGAUCCUGGAGGUCAAGAUUCUCUUUUACAUACAGCUGUAUGUCAAUAUAAAAAUCUGAUGGGUGUUACUCAAGCUGCAGCUGAAGAACUAUAUAUUUCUAUCGUUAUGCAGUUAGAAGGAUAUGGAAAUGAAACAUUCUCUACUAAGGACAAUGGUAACAACGAAGUAAUAUUAGGAAUUUCUAUCAAUGGAAUUAUGAUUGUAUAUCCUAACACACAAACAACACAGUUCUACAGGUGGAAAGAUAUAAGCAAUGUGAUUAAUCACAAAAAGACAUUUAGAAUAGAAUGCCAAGCGGAAGGCGAAGAGCCAAAGCAAUUCAUAUUUACCGAAUCACGUAAUGCAAAAUAUGUGUGGCGUUUGUGUAUAGCACAACAUACAUUUUACAUGCAACAUCAAGAAUCACGGCCAAUAGAAAGAUCGACUAAUGGUUAUUUCGACAGCGAUACAAACGAUUCAGGAGAUCAUGCGGUAUCGGUAAAUUUGGAUAAUAGAAACACAGAAGGUCACACAAGAUGGACGAGUUACAAUGAUCUUUCGACAUCACCCUAUCCCGUUGUAUCAUCGACGGACAUUAACAACUUACGUGCCUUACUUCCAUCAUAUAGACCAGCACCUGAUUACGAAACUGCAGUUCAAAUGAAAUACAAUAAUGGAGGAAAUCCACCUCAGCCUUAUUAUGCUAAUCAAUCUACAAUUGUAGGAGCAGAUAUUUCGUGCCUUCUUGGUAACGUAGUUAAUCGAAGUAGAUAUUAAAAUUAGGAAGAAUAAAAUCUAUCAUCAGAUAUUGUAUCUGAUGAGAAACAUAAUCGUUCCGCGUAUUAUAAAUAUUUCUAAGGAACAGUAUUUUCUAAUAAUUACUUAUGUAUACACACACACACACACUUUUGCGAGGAGCAAUAGGAAAUUCUAUAGAGAUUAAUGGUAAAGACUGACACGCACAAAUUCGCAAACUAUUCGUUCUUUUACUCUAUAUAAUACUUAUAAGCGUAUUACAAGUAAAAAUUAGAUAACUGUACGAGACGAUAUACGGGGAUAUCCGCUAUCUAUUUACUACUGAUCGAGAAAUUACUCGUAUUAUACUAUAAGACAAAUUAUUUGUUUUGAUUCUUAACUCUCUGUUGUUUUUAUUCAUUGUUCUUUUCUUCGGUAAAAUACAAAAACAACUCCGAGCUUUAAUCGAACAAUAUUGAAUUAAGAAUCAAUUCUAUUUUAGACCUUGAUUUUCGAAUAGUUAUCCAACUUUUAUUGUAUUUUCAAAUUAUAUAACAUUUCACGAGAAAUUCGGAGAAGCUCGAAAACUCCAUUAUUAUACAAAGAAAUAAUUUUCCUGAUUGUAUCAAUUUUUAAUAUUGUAAACAAUAUGAUUUAUAUUAUGUAUUGUAUAGUUAAUGUUGUAUAAGAGUUAGAUCAUGUUAUAUUGUAAAUAGAUGGUAAUUAUCUUUUUCCAUUAAAAUGUUAAUAAAAUAAAA